GCCUGUAGUGAGUGGUUGGUUACAUACGGCGCUCCUAAAUUUUGCGCUUGACCUGUGUAACUUGAUCCCUACAUGUUGUUAUGAAUGGAUUGUGUUGAGAAAACAGGUGUGCGCAAGUCAUAUAAGUGUUUAUUAAACAGUGUGAUUGUAAAAAAUUUUCAUUCUCAAAGUGAUUUGGUGAACUGAUGGUAGCUUGGCUAGGAGCAUCGGCGAGCCUCCUGUAAGAGGUCAUUCUGGACCUUCACCUUUGAAAUGAUCGCUCUACAAUAGCGGCUACAACUUCUAUCUCUAUAACAAAAGGAGUCAUGGGGAUGUCAACGCUAUUAGUACGCAUGCUGACCAUGGCUGCGACGCUGCAGCUGCUCUACACGGCCCAGGCUCUCCACAACUCCCCCAACUGCGCUGCAAUCGACGAAAGAUUGCGCCUCCCAUGUGUGUGUUCUCAGGAGGGCAAUGGAAUCCACAUAAACUGCGACAAAGUUUCAUUUCCCGGAGACUUCCCCAUCCUUCCCCAACGAGUAAAUAUAGUGAGUUUCCAACAAAGAAAAGCUGGAAUCCAAGCAUUGACCGCGGAACUCUUCACAAAUGCUAACCUGCCGAUUGCAAAGGUGGAUUUCUCAGAGAACUCCAUCCGGCGUCUGAGUGCGGGCGUGUGGACCGGUCUCGAGGACCGCAUCCAGGAGCUGUUCUUGCGCAGCAACCUGCUCGGCGACACCUACAGCCCGGUCUUCAGCAGCCCCGAGAUCGCUAAUCUCACGGCUCUCGUGACACUAGACCUCGGAUACAACGGCAUCCGUGAAGUGGACGUGGAGACGCUGGAGCCGCUGAAGGCGCUCCAGGUGCUGCGGCUGGAGGGCAACCACCUGACGGAGGUGCCUACGGCGGCUCUCGAGGGCCUCGCCGCCUUGCGGGUCCUCACCUUGCAGGAGAACAAUAUCGGACCUUUGGUGCCGGGAAGCUUCUCGCCGGUGUCUGCGUUGGUCUUCCUCAACCUCUCGAACAACAACAUACCAGAUGUCGGCGCCGGGGCCUUCGCUCACCUUCCUGAGCUCACUACGCUUGACCUCUCACACAACCGACUGGACAGCCUGGAGAGCGGUUCUCUGCAAGGGCUCGACCGCCUCGAGGAGCUCGACUUGUCCGACAACUUCCUGACGCAGGUGCCCGUAGAGGCUAUCAUGGACCUGCGCAGCCUCAAGACUCUCGUGCUCAAAGACAACCUCAUUCAGAACCUAGGAGGCAUCGUAGCCCUGGGUCCUCUGUUGUCACUGCGAAAGUUGGACCUGUCCCGCUGCUCCCUCGGCCAACUCAACCCCGGAACAUUCAGGCAACUCAAGGGCCUGGUCUCACUCAAGCUCUCCGUGAACUCUAUCAGGAAGAUCGAGGACGAAGCAUUCGACGGGCUAGAUUCCUUGGAGGAGCUUCACUUGGACGACGACAAAAUUCUCUCGGUUCCCUCUGUGGCUCUUGCCAAAGUGCCACUCCUGAAAGUGCUGACGAUGGACUACAAUAGAGUGGGAGUGAUCUCGGCGAGUAGUUUCGAGAACGUCCCUCUCCUACAAGAACUUUCAAUUGCUCACAACAUCAUCCGUGAAAUUCCCGCAGAUACUUUCAGUAACCUGACGAAGCUCACGAAACUUAACCUGUACGGAAACUUGAUCUCGACAUUGUCACCUGCUAGUUUUGUGGGCCUCAAAAACAGCCUUUCUUAUCUCAAUCUUGGCUUGAAUCAGCUGAAUGAAGUGCCUAAUCUUGAUUUCCCAAAUGUUUCGGAACUUAUCCUUUCUCAGAAUAAUAUUUCAAGCAUUCAUCACGACACUUUCUUAUUUCUACCUGAACUAAAGAUGCUGGACUUAAGUGAAAAUGUCAUAUCGACUCUUCCAGUGAAUGUCCUGAGCCCACUGUCGCAGUUGACUGAAAUUAAUCUAAGCAAAAACUUACUGACGUCACUUAAGGCUGGUCAGUUUAAAGAAUCAGUCAUCAACGUCAUCAACUUGAGCGGAAAUCAAAUCAAGGAGGUGCAAUCAAACGCUUUCCAGGACUUGCUCUUCAUCCAUACGAUUGAUCUUGGCAAUAACAGAAUUGAACGAAUCAACGACGGAGCCUUCUUUGACACGCCUUACUUGCACAUCCUCAGACUGAACGAUAAUAAGUUGAACACUUUCAGAGAAGAAUUCUUUCGCUUAACAAUUCCUGUUCCAAGCACUGAACUAAGACUACUGGAUGUAAGUAAAAAUGAGAUUGUUUUCCUACAAAACCAGGCUUUUAAAUUGCUUUCCAAGUUGACUUGGAUUAACUUGAGCAGUAACCGUAUUUCUCUUUUCCCUGCUGAAGUUUUUAGAGGAUUGCCUGACUUGCAGCACUUGUAUUUGGAAAACAAUGAAAUUGAACGCCUAAAUGACAAUGAUCUUGCAAACUCGCAGAGACUCAGAGAGCUAAAUCUUUCGCAUAAUAAGAUUCAAGAAAUAUCUGAGAAAUCUCUGCAGAACUCUACGCAGCUACAAGUAAUCGAUUUGAGCCACAACGAUAUAACUCAUCUUCCAAGUGAUGUAUUUGUUGGCUUGUCAAGAGUAAGACUGGAUUUAAGUCACAACAAUCUUCGCUCUUUUCCAGAUUCCAUUUUCCAACGAACCAAAAUACAAAAACUCCAAGACCUAAAUCUCGCACACAAUAAAUUUACAUCUAUUCCUGUCAAAGCUUUGAGACAGCAGUACUUCUUCCUAAGUGAUCUUAGUCUAGCACAUAACAGAAUAAAAAAUGUGCCCAGCAAUGCUGAUAUCAUUGUUAAUAUAAAAGGACUCGACCUAUCGUACAAUCCGCUCACAAAGGACGACAUAAGUGUCAUUUUGAACGAACCUAAGACUCUUCGUUACCUAAACCUCGCUGGUACUAACAUCAGUGAAAUUCCAGUGAUUGAAGCUCGCUUUUUACUCUUCCUAAAUAUUUCGGACAAUCACAUUCGAGAGCUCAAAGACGACUCCUUUGCCUUGACGCGCAAUCUUCACACCCUCGACGUUUCCAAGAACAAACUCAAGAACCUCAGUUUUGGGCUUGCCUCUGCGUGGCCCAAGUUACCCUACUUGAGGUACCUCGACAUUUCGUAUAAUCCUUUCAUGUACAUCAUCAGGGGUGACUUGGGAUACCUUGCGCAACUGAAAGUUUUGAAAGCUACUCACAUGGACAGCCUGUCCCGUGUUGAGCGGUCAGCCCUACAGUCGCUGAAGACACUAGAGGAGCUUCAUUUACACAGUCUCCCUGCAAUUCAUUCUAUGGACGCCCGAGGAAUCCUUGAAUCUCUUCCAGGUCUCAAAGUGGCUGAUAUUGAAAUAACAGAUUCUGAAAUACACGAUCAACUUCAUCCCGCUUUCACACCUCGGCUUGAGUCACUCAUCAUCCGCGGCAAAGCGGUCGAGGCGCUGUCCGGCGGAGCAUUUGCUGGAAUUAAUAGCCCCGUGCUCAACAUUGGUCUUGUAAAUACAAGCGUGAGCUCCUUGUUUUCUAACGCUUUCUUCCCCGUUCCAAUGUCGUCACAAAUUAAUCUUGACGUGUCAAACAACAAAAUAACGUCAUUGAGUCCCCAAUUCUUGAACAGCCUCAACCCUCGGCAACGUCAUCUGCAGCUUGAUGGCUUGGACACUAACCCACUCUUCUGUGAUUGCAACGCUCGUCCUUUACAGCGAUGGCUCGGCACUCUUAGACCUUCAGACCCUAUAUACAACGUUACGUGUUCGGCGCCAGCUGAACUUCUUGGACGGCAUAUACGCCUCCUUAAAGAAAACGAACUCACUUGUGAUGGCAUCCCUACGACCACUACAACGGCUCCUCCACUGUUCACAACCACACAUCGAAGCGCGACGACAGACAACAUUAUUACAAUCGAAGAUGUUUCCUCUCCGUCGUCCAAAUCAAAAACAAGAAAAGCGGGCAUUUUGAACGAUAUGGAUAUUCUAAUCAUUGGAAUCGUUGGUGGCGUGAUUUCUUUCGUUGCCUUUGUUAUUCUCAUUGCCUGUCUUGUGAAGUACAUUUGUGAUUCUUCCAAAACUAAGCACCCAGUCCACAUGGCGGGGGUUCCAUGUACCUGUCUCAAGCCUCCCAUGCCUCCCCCGUCUUGGGGCUACCCACAGUACCCAACUCUACCUCAUCCAAGCUCGCGUACAAGUACCCUCAAAUUGAUGAAGCCGCCUGGUACUCCCGUGGCACUGGGACCCCAGCAAUACGGGACGCUGGGAGCCCGCAGUACCAGAAGCUACCACUCAAAUGGGACUCUGCCAUACUACCUCCAGAAUUGCCCACCGGAUUACGACCAGGAUUAAGGAUGUGACGAGCAAGAUCCGAUUUUAGAAUAGAAGUAGAAUAGGCUCUUAAUGAUUAAGUUACUUCGGGCUAUUCAGUAGAUCGUGACUUUAGAAUUGUAUAUCAAUACCCAAAGUUCUUCUUCGCAUUUUCAGCUGCGAUGGGAGAAAAGCGUGAGAAGGUCGUAGCUUCAAGCUCUCGCCCAUCCCUUCUAAAUUGAACAUAAAUAAAUAAAAGUAAAUUUCUCCGUUAAUUUUUUACUGUCAAAGAUUUUCAAUAAACCAUGCGAAUGAGUGACGUGAUUUGAGAAUAAUUCAGUUUGAGAUUCACAUAAACCGAGGUCCGCUCGCUGUUUCAUGGAUUACAUGUUUUUUU